CAACACUGGCCUAGGUUUGUCGUUGUUCUGUGUAGGCGUAUAUGUGAUGUGAGUAAACGGUGGAAACAGUUCGAGAUCACUUAAUUUACAAACAAAUAUUUUGGGAAACGAUCAACAAAAUAACUGUAAACUGCAUCAAAAGAGAACGACGAGGUGUGAAAGAUGGGUGUACCGGCUUUUUUUCGAUGGUUGAGUAAAAAGUACCCUUCUGUGAUUGUCAAAUGUACCGAACAAAAGGGACCUAUAAAUUUAGAAGAUCCAAACCCGAAUGGCGUAGAAUUUGAUAAUCUAUAUCUUGACAUGAAUGGUAUUAUUCAUCCUUGUACACAUCCAGAGGAUAAACCAGCUCCAAAAAAUGAAGAGGAAAUGAUGGAAGCUAUCUUUGAAUGCAUCGACCGUCUAUUUUGUAUUGUGAGACCUCGGAAGUUGCUUUACAUGGCCAUUGAUGGAGUUGCACCUAGAGCCAAAAUGAAUCAACAGAGAUCAAGAAGAUUCAGAGCGUCGAAGGAGACAGUUGAGAGAAUUAAUGAAACUAAAAGGUUACGCGAUAUAUUGAUAUCAAGAGGUGCAAUAUUGCCACCAGAAAAGCCAAAGGAGGAACAUUUUGACAGCAAUUGUAUUACACCGGGUACACCUUUCAUGGCUAGAUUAUCGAAAUGUUUGCAUUACUAUAUUCAUACUCGUAUGAAUAAUGACCCUGGUUGGAGUAAGAUAAAAGUAAUUUUAAGUGAUGCAAAUGUACCAGGCGAAGGAGAACACAAGAUAAUGGAUUUUAUACGUAAACAGAGAGCACAACCCGAUCAUGAUCCCAAUACGCAACACGUUUUGUGCGGAGCAGAUGCUGAUUUAAUUAUGUUAGGACUUGCAACGCAUGAAAUGAAUUUUACAAUUAUUCGUGAAGAGUUCAAACCAAAUAAACCGAGACCGUGUGACAUAUGCGGUCAAUUAGGUCAUGAUAUGAAGGAAUGUACGGGUGCGGAAGCAGACGACGAAGAAGAAGAGAUUCCUUUGGAAACUGAAAUCUUGUUUAUAUUUGUGCGUUUAAACGUACUCAGGGAAUACUUAGCGAGAGAAUUGGAAAUGCCUGAUCUACCAUUUAAGUACGAUUUUGAACGAGCCAUCGACGACUGGGUAUUCAUGUGUUUUUUCGUAGGAAAUGAUUUCUUACCACACCUCCCAUCAUUAGAGAUUAGAGAGGGGGCAAUCGAUAGGCUCGUUAAGUUGUAUAAAUCAGCAGUGUAUAAAACAGGAGGUUUUUUGACAGAGAGCGGAGAUGUGAAUUUAGAUAGAGUUCAACUGAUCAUGUCCGAGCUCGGCGAUGUUGAGGACGUAAUUUUUAAGAAGAGGCAGGAGAAUGAAUUAUUAUUCAUAGAGCGUGAAAAGCAAAAGAAGAAAAAUCGAAUGCACGGAAUCGGUAAUAGCAAGCCGAAGUGGAUUCCUACUGGACAAUUUGCUCCUAUGCCAUUAGGUGAACGAGUUAAGCCGGUACAAAACGCCCGUUACGAAGCUUAUCAGAUGCGUGUCCAAGGUAGAAAUUAUAACACAGGAGGAGGUCAUAAUAAAGCUCUAGAGAGCAUGAUGCAACCAGAGGAAUCAGCUGAUAAGAAGAGGAAACUAUCCCCCGAAGAAGAUAUAGUGGAUGGACAAGCGCAUGACGAAGUACGAUUGUGGGAAGAUGGUUUUAAAGAUCGUUAUUAUGAAUCGAAAUUUGAUAUUUCACCUGAUAACUUGCAAUUUAGAAACAAUAUAGCUUUGCAAUACGUACGUGGUCUGUGUUGGGUUCUACGUUAUUAUUAUCAAGGUUGCGCGUCGUGGAAAUGGUAUUUUCCUUAUCACUAUGCUCCCUUCGCUAGUGAUUUCAUUAAUAUUGGCGGUUUAUCGACAGAAUUUGAAAAAGGAACAGAACCUUUCCGUCCGUUAGAGCAGUUGAUGAGCGUAUUUCCAGCUGCUAGUAGCAGUCACGUUCCUGCUCCGUGGGCGAAGUUAAUGAGCGAUCCUAGGUCGCUAAUUAUAGAUUUUUAUCCUGAAGACUUUAAAAUAGACCUGAAUGGCAGAAGGUUGGCUUGGCAAGGAGUUGCUUUGCUUCCAUUCGUGGAUGAGAAAAGACUUUUCAAGACAUUGAAACCAUAUUACGAGCUUCUAACAGAAGCAGAGAUAAAACGAAAUACCAAGGGGCACGACCGAUUGUAUGUUGGAAUGGAAAACAGCGGUUACAAUUUUAUCAAAGGAUUGUACAUGAACAAUGUUGAAUCGAACGUAGAAACUUCUAUAUCUAUAGAUGGGAUGCGCGGCACUGUGAUGCUGUCAGAAGAUUGCGUUGGGGAUGGUGCCACUUUAUCCUCCCCUAUAUACGGGCGUCCCGUUAAAAAUAAUAAAAUAUAUUGCAUUCGAUUCAAAGAUCCGCAAUACAGCAGUAAUUUUAUUUUCCCUGCAAAGAGGUUGAAGGACGCCAGAGAACCACCGAAAGUAUUAAAACCGGUAGAUUUUGAACGGAUGAAGCGUAGCAAUGACAAGGUCUUUAAACCUCAGAUCGGUUUCACCCCUGCAACUCAAACUGCGUCUUUGACCGACGCUGGACGUAGGAUGCUUGGGCAUUAUACAAACCAUAAUAGAGCACAAUCUCCGUAUACUUCCGUGUCUGGACCACCAAGUCUAUAUCCAGAUAAUCAGCACGGCUUCCAGAGGGGAUACUAUCAAGGGGGAUACGAGAGCUCCAGACCAGUCCAGGCCAUGCCGUCCAUGCCGAUCCCAGGACCAUGGGCCAGCGGUUGCAUUCCCAAUAACUACCAGCGUUACCAGCAUCAGGACUAUCAGCAAUGGAAUAACUACAGCACUCAGCCGUACGGGCGAAACAAUUACCAGAGUAUGCAGUACAAUAGCUACCCUCAGCAGCAAUGGAACUAUUCUUCGAAUUACCAAGGCAAUGGUAGCGGCAGCGGUAGCGGUAGCGGCAUCGCCAGAAUCGGCGGCAUCGACAAUGGUAGCGGCCUUGUCAGUGGGAUCAACAGAGGCAUGGCCAGCGGUAUCGGCAGUGGCAGCGGCAUGGGCGGCGGUAGCGGCAUCAGCAGAAGCAGCGGCAUCAGCAGAAACAGCGGCACAGGCAUCGGCAGAAACAGCGGUAUCGGUAAUGGCGGUGGCAACAGCAGAAGCAGUAUCGGCAGAACCAGUGGCAUGGUCGGUGGCAUGGGCAACGGCAUCGGCAUCGGCAGCGGAAACGGUAGCAGGACUGGUCACAGGAGGGGCGGAGGAGGCGGCGGAGGGAGUGGUGGGGGAAGUAGUGGCGGCGGUGGCGGCGGCGGGUACAGGCGGUAAACGUGGAAGAGAUAUCCCGAUCGUUCUCGACUGAGCACGUCGUCGAUCACCGGAUUGAGAUAAGGUAUAUAUAUGGGGAAUAAAUUGGAUCGCAAGAAAAUCUGACGCUAGGACCAGAGAUAAUUGUCUCGUUGCGAGCAACAAAUGGCCGUAACCCGCUCAAACCGUAUAGCCCGAGCCUGACCAGAUCGCUGGAAUACGAUCGUUUCCGUUUGCAAAACGAACGACGUUCACGAUCUUCUUCUUCCGCUCUCGGUUGAAUCGCGAGAAAAACAAAACAAAACAAAAAAAAAGAGAAAAAGAAAGAAAUAAAGAAAGAAAUAGGAGGCAACAACAAUUUCGGCGACCAAAAAUUGUGCAUAAUGUAAUGUUAUUUCCGCGUAAUGGACACCGUAGAAGAGUGAUCAACGUCCAUCAAAUAAUCAAUUAAUCAUCGCAAUCUUUGAAAUAAACGCGUACCUGUUCAAAGGAGAAGCUUAGUAAAUUAGUUACGUAAGUUUUCGGCUGAUAUAGCUGGAGCGAAGACCGUUCAGAGCCACCGAUGUUUAUCCGACGACGAUGCAUAAUAUUUACAAAUCGGUCGAAUUAUCCUGAUUCGCGUUCUUUUACUUUUUAUGGUGCGUUGUGUAAAUAGUACCCCCCCCC